GCGGCGAGGGGCGGGGGCCCGAGCUGGCUGCGAGCCUUCUGGGUCCCCGAAUUCUCCUUCUAAGCCUGCUUGGCGCGCUCUAACACAAAAGAGGGGACUUUCUCGCAGCUAGGCGCGAGUCCUCGCCCGGCGAGUUGCCCUCCGGGGGUCCCUCCCGCCGCGAGCCCCCGCGGGCCCCCUCGGCCGGCGGCUCCCCGAGCUCCCAGGGCCAUGUGUGGGUUAUUUGGGGUGCCCCAAAGAGGUGGUGCAGGUGAAAGGGAAGCUCAGCUGAGGCCCGGGACCAGGGGGCGGGGGCAAGGGUGGGGCGGGGUGGGGCGGGGUGGAGGCGCCAGGGACCCACCCCGCAGUCCGGCGGCCCGGGCGGGGAGGCGAGGGCCGGGCUGUGGGUGUUGCCUUCUACCUCUGCGAGCGGGGAGGGGUUAGUUUCCCACAGGGGAUUUCAACCAUCACACUCAGAGCCCGCCUCCUAAUCCUCGGGCGGAGCGGCUCGGGGGCCCCAUUUUAUGGCAAUAAAGCGACUUAGCGCCUGCUAAGCGAGCCCCUCCCCGCCGCCGCCCCCGCCCUCGGCCCCACCCCGGGGCUCGCCCGCAGCGGCGGGGCUUUGUUUCUGGGGAGAAGGACCCGGAGCUCUUUUGUUUGGGGUUCCUUGUUUUCGCCCCCCCCCCACCCGCAGCUCACCCCACCCCACCCCAAGCGCCUCUCUGGUUUCCUGAGCUGCGGGCUGCGAGGGAGGAGAAGAGGCGUCCUGCAACCCCCUCGGCUGGGCCCCGGGGUAAUUCGAUGCGGGCCUGGCGAGGCUCCCCACACUAGACCUGGGCUAGCGUCUCGGCAGCCUCCACCCACCGGCCCACCCUACAUUUAGCGCAUCAUGUGAUCCGGGGACUUGCAAAGUGAAUGUCUAUGAGGACAGAAGCCAGCAAGAAAAACCUGUUUGCAAAGAAAAGCCUCCAGGCCACACUCCCCUGUCAUCAGGAUAGAGAAAUCUUGCCACAUCCUCAGGAUCGAUGUGACUCUAAGAACAAAUGGAUGAAUGAAUAUCCAUAUGAAGAGAAAAACAAUAAAGAAUAUCAACACUUUUGAGAACAGAAUGUUAAUGCUUGAUGGGAUGCCGGCAGUCAGAGUCAAAACAGAGCUUUUGGAAUCUGAACAAGGGUCUCCAAACGUCCACAACUAUCCCGAUAUGGAAGCCGUUCCCCUGUUGCUAAAUAAUGUGAAAGGGGAGCCCCCGGAGGACUCAUUAUCAGUAGAUCACUUCCAAACACAAACUGAGCCUGUGGACUUGUCAAUAAACAAAGCCAGGACGUCCCCUACUGCCGUUUCAUCCUCCCCAGUUUCCAUGACAGCGUCUGCCUCCUCACCUUCUUCAACUUCAACCUCCUCAUCGUCUUCUAGUCGUCUAGCCUCAUCCCCAACCGUUAUCACAUCAGUAUCUUCAGCGUCAUCUUCGUCAACAGUAUUAACUCCAGGGCCCCUUGUUGCCUCUGCAUCUGGUGUUGGAGGCCAGCAGUUUUUGCACAUUAUCCAUCCUGUACCGCCUUCAAGUCCCAUGAAUUUACAAUCUAACAAACUGAGUCAUGUUCACCGCAUCCCCGUGGUGGUACAGUCGGUGCCUGUUGUCUACACAGCUGUAAGGUCACCUGGAAAUGUGAACAACACUAUUGUCGUGCCGCUUUUGGAGGAUGGGAGAGGCCAUGGCAAAGCACAAAUGGACCCCCGAGGCCUAUCUCCCAGACAAAGUAAAAGUGACAGUGAUGAUGAUGACCUGCCAAAUGUGACCUUAGAUAGCGUUAAUGAAACUGGAUCUACGGCCCUUUCCAUAGCCAGAGCAGUACAAGAGGUACAUCCGUCCCCAGUAUCAAGGGUCCGGGGAAAUCGAAUGAAUAAUCAAAAGUUUGCUUGUUCAAUUUCACCAUUUAGUAUUGAGAGCACAAGACGCCAGAGACGGUCUGAAUCCCCAGACUCCAGAAAACGGCGUAUCCACAGAUGUGAUUUUGAGGGAUGCAACAAAGUGUACACAAAAAGUUCUCACCUGAAGGCUCACCGGAGGACACAUACAGGAGAGAAACCCUACAAGUGUACCUGGGAGGGCUGCACCUGGAAGUUCGCCCGUUCGGAUGAACUGACGAGGCAUUACCGCAAACACACGGGAGUGAAGCCAUUCAAGUGCGCGGACUGUGAUCGCAGCUUUUCCCGGUCGGAUCAUCUGGCCCUGCACCGCCGGAGGCAUAUGCUGGUGUGAGGAAUGCUACCUGUCCAGCUGAGCGUAAGAGCUGGAUCUCUUAGCGGCACCCAAUUCAGCAGGGCUGAAUCCCCUUCACAGUGUUAACACAAAAGGGCAUCACCAUCCCACGAUGUCUGAAACCAGAGCAGGAGAAAGAAGGCAGGCUUCUUUUGGUCUGAAGGUAACCCCCAUCAUGACUUCACGAGAACCGUCUUUACGCGGGCCUGGGAACUCAGUGACACAAAUGCUGAAGAGACAGACAUUGUUUUCCAUGCUGUGUCCUCUGCCAUUUAAAGAUGUUUGUAGCUUGUACAUUUUCUGAGCUGUCAGACAUUUUGUUAUUGAUACCUUAAAGGUCACCUACCACAAAUUGAUGGCUAGAGCAAGACCUUUUAAAUUUGGAUGAAUCUCCCAUCAUCCCACCUCUUAACCCCUUUUUACAGAAAUUUUAGUUACAAUCUGAGUAAGCUAGAACACACAUCCAAUCUGUUACCAGCAAGCAGCAUGAAAGUAGAAACGAAGAAGCAGAUGGAGAGGUCCCAUUACCUGCAAAGAAAGGGCACUCAGGCAGCCCUUUGCAAUCGCGAUGGCGGCCACUAGAUAUCACUCGCAACUUGUCAUUCUGCCAUGCCCUGAAGAAAACCAACAUUGAAUCUUUCAUUUGUUUGUCGUUGAUUGUUUUUGUUUUGUUUUGAUUCUGUUUUGUUCAUCUGUUCGAGCAGAGGGGCAGUUGAAGUCUCGUCCUGGUCUCUGCCCUGGCAUGGACUGGCACAGAGGUGUUCUGUAGUUGAAUAGGAAGAGCCUGUCUAAAAAAAAAAACUACUGCCCCACUUCAAAUUGCAGUGUUCUGUCACCUAGGCAUCAUCUCUUCCUGCCCCUAGUAUUUGAUUACAAGGAACCAGGGGAAAAAAACUUUCUUAGACACACUGGCACCAAGGUAAGAGGUGGGGCUGCCCAGGCAAAGUCAGUGAACAUGAAAAAUCAGACAAAGCAGAGAUGGAAAUAAUGCGCCUCUUGAGGAGAAAAGCAAUAAUGAAUAAAAGGACUUUCCUACAAUAACUUCACUGAGGACUCACGUUACCAAUUUUCAUACUUACUAAAGGGAUUGUAAAAAACACCCCAGCAUUUUAGAUGUCUUGGUUCCAUUUACAGCACUGAGGUAAUCUUUCUGCUGUUUGUUGUCCUGCUUGGUUGAGUUAAAUUAAAGAUUACACUCCCCUUUUCUUGUUUGAAAACAGUUAUUUGGUGACUAGAAAGGCAAGGGAGGCAUAGCUGGGAAUUAACUUUGGUUAAUGGGUCAGUUCUCCUUGGAACUGAAUCAGUGGAAAGAGAAUGCUUCCCAUAGAAAGCCUGACAUGGUGCUAGUUUCCUCUCUUGGAGAGUCAAGGAUAAGUGACUCUCCAAUAGGUUCUUCUAUACAGAUUUCAUUUUCUAAACUGUAUCAGGACCCAGUGGUCCUGCACUGGCAUCUGCAGGGAUAUUGAACCCACUCAUCCCAUGCGGAGGAUGAGAGGAAGGUGUUAGUUCCAUCAACCCCCUAAAAUUAUGAACCUUUUUGCAACUAGCAGAGUAUACAGUAAACAAGCAAUACAUCACCAACAAGCAUUCUUUCAGAAAAAUUACCAUAUUUUUGUGCCCACUACAAGCUGGGUUUUUCUCCAGCUUUCUGUGGCUGAGGGGCUUGGUGAGAGAUUUUUUUGUUGUUGUUAUUGUUGUUGUUGUUAGAAUUUUUUAUAGCUUAGAUAUAAAAGGUCUCCAACAAGACCUUUGCAAUAUAUUUUAAUUACAAACACUUGAUUUUGGGAAUUGCACAUGUUAACCUCACAAUAUUACUAGCUCAUUUUUAAAUGUCUGGACAUUCUGAAAUAAUUUCCGGUUGCAGAAUUAUCCUUUUUAGGAUCAUCUUCUAAUUCAGAUAAUCUUGUUCUGAUGAAGCGAGAACUAUGAACACUGAAACAAGGACAAUUUGUGUUGGAUGGUAUUCAAAGGAAUUUUUUAAAACGUUAAGCAACAGUAUAAUGAUUUUCAGGUCAAAUUAUGGCUUCAAAAAUAUGUGCUCUAUAUUGUCUGCCAGAUCUCAAAAAUUUAUCAGGCAGUUUCCCUCCAACAAGGGCUGCAGUUCUAGUGAUAAAUAGCAUCUUCAGCUACACAGUCUACUACUCACCAGCCAGUGGGGUUUUCACCACCUGGAAAGUUUUUUUUUUAUCUGUACUGUAUGCAACUCCUACUUCACAUUACCUGUGACCAUUCAGAAUAAAAAAAAGGUCUCUUGAUGCAUGCCAGCGUUGGCUACUAGUCAGUGGCAGAGAACACAGACAGGGACACACACAGCCACGAACCCCCUGGUGCUAGACCAGCACCUCGUUGGCAAGUAGUCGGCGCACCCCUCAAGUGAAGUGUAGAUUUGUAUUUAGACCUGCUUGCUCUCAUAAAAAGAGCCAGUUCUUUUCUCUGCUGAAAGAUGUUUUGAGAGUAUUACAGGUAGACUUGGUUUUUAGAAUUCAUAAAACUGACAGGCAGGGGAAGCUUCCUGAGUGACAGCCUGGUUUAAAUUUAGCACAGAACUAAAUGAGUUGCACUUUUCUAAUAACAUAGGAUGGAUUUGGGGAAGGGAGCAUUUUUCCUCAUCCUCUGAAAGUGGAAACCAGACUGAGAUGGUAAGUUAACUGAUAAAAGCUGUCAGCAUUCCAUCAUUUUCCCCUUUUGACGUAUCAGUACUUCUAAGAAGGGAUCUAAGCACAAGUAAGUGAAUGAGUCCAUGGUCUCGCCUCAGGAACUGAAACUUCCUUGGGGCUUGUCUUGGGACUUGGCAAAUUCUCCUUGGUGAGUUUUCUAAAAGUAUUUCCCCAUGGAAAGGAAAAAGUGGUUUGGGACAGAAAGAAAUGGAACGUCUUUAGUCAUGAAAAAGCCUCCAUUUCACCUCAUGUCCAUUUCUAGCCUCUUUCAAAAAGCACAGUGCAUCAUGAGCGACAGAAAAGCAGUAGAAUCCUAAAGAACUUAUCAGUUGUUCCCUAACUAGAGGCAUUCUUCGAUUUUAAAUUUUAAGCUGUUCAAUUUGCAGUUGGGGAUAUGUGCGUGGUUGAGAAUGUGUACACAUAGAGCCGUUAACAGCUUAAGCAGCUGCAGUAGACCUGAUUUUCUGUUUGCAGUGUAGAGAUGGAUUUCAAGGGAUUUACAUUAUUUGAAAAGUUAUGACGGUCAGCCUUUAAGGUUUUAACAAUCUCUUUUCAUGCUCUGAUCUUAAGUUGUUUGGAAAAAGAUCACGCUUCUGCAUCCACCUCUGCCCUCAUCCUGUCAAUUGUGUGUGGACUCUGAGAAGCCUGCUUGAUAACUUGCCUUAAGUUCUAUUAAGGCAGUUAGACUGAGAUUUCUAGUGACUUUCCCAUAAAGAUUAUACUUCUGCCUGGCAUCAUUUCUACAAAACACUAUAGGACAUUGGUUUUCAAAAGCAGUUGGAUAACAGCAACAUACACAACAUUAAAAAAAAUGAGCACUUUUCAUUCACAUGAAAGCUUAAAUGGGAAAUAGGAAGAUGAUUGUCAGGGGAAAAACUUACAAAAUGCUACAGUGUUUACAAAUGCCAGUUCCAGGUGAUUAGAAAGGCCAUUUUCAUUAUGGUUGGAAUUUGGAAUCGCUUAUGUAAAGCGAUUGUGUUCAUUUUUAUACAAUUCUUUUUGACUUUAAAUUGCCAUUUGUGUUUUAAACAUAAUUCUGCACUUUGAAAUCAGUUCAUUAGAAUGAUAACAUUUAUAUGGAUAAAGAUGCAGUAUUCCUUAUUCUGUACUUUAUUUAUUAUACUUACCAAAGCUGCAACUGAAUAAAUCUGGUGAGGUGAGGCCUUCAAAUGUAUUAAUACGCCUUUGUUAUGUUGUUAUGACUGCUUAGAAAUGUAGCCAUGAUAUUGUUCUAAAGGUGUCUUAACAUUUAUAGUGAGGAUUGACACAAAUGAAGCAGUGUUAAGAAUACCAGCAUCCAUGUUACAGUCUGCGUAUAAGGGACUGAAUGUGAGAUAACUCUUCUGAAUCAGAAUAGGCCCAGAAAGCCUUAAUAUUCAUAGUUCAUAAGCCAGUCUCAGAUUUCGCUCUUCAGUGAUGCCUGUCGACUUAGCAGGUAAAUGUAUUCUAGAAUAAGAUAUCAUUGACCAAAUCUCUUCCUUUAGUUUUUCUGAGGUAGUGCAUCCCAUAAAAAAAGUCUCUUCAAUUUGAUUUGGCUUUAGUUUAGAAAAGGGGUUUGGUAAGUCAUGUCUUCCAUAUGACAUUUCUACUCAUUCCUGCACUGCCUUCCACUGAACCUGUACAGACAGCCCCCACACAUGCACAUGUGUAUACAGAACUGUAUAUGCAACAGCCAGUGGGCUAACAAAUAUCAACAAAGAACUUUUUUAAGAAUUUGUAAUAAUCGAUGCUGUCUAGAAAUGUGAGUUACUUACCUUAUUAGGAAAUCGGCUUAUAAUACUAUAUAUGACUCUGCCUGCAUUUUAUAGUUAAGAAAUGUACAUAAAAAUUGCUAUAUUUUCACAGUUUCAUUAUAGAGUAAUGUCUGUGUAGUAAUCCAUGUCCACUGGUACUUUAAAUAUGCUAAUUACUGAGCAAUUGCAAUAGAAAUCCAGAUUUUCUUAAGAAAAUGAAAUAGAAGGAUACUGCAUCUUUAAAAAUAGAGUGAAGAUAUUUUACUGUAUUCGUAACAUAUGUGAUAGUGGAAAAAGUAUUUUCAAACUCACAAAUUUUACAGAGGUUGUAAAUAGUUUGAUGAAGUAUGUUGGGAAAAAGAGCUUCUAGUUUUCAUCACAAUAAAAAGUAAAACUUGUUCAGAUAUGCCUUGUAUAUCUUACACACAAUGAGCGAUAUUGCCAUGGGAACUCUGUCCAACUUUGUCAGAGCACGUUCUUCGUGUUCUGUUCCAAAUAGAGUGGCCACUUGUCACGGUUUAGCCAGGAUGGUUUAAAAUAUGAUGAAGUCAUUCUAAGUUGCAGACAACUGAUUCCAAACUAGUAAUGUCUUUUUCUGAAAAGGGCCAAACAGCUGCACAGCAUUUUGCUUGUACGAAAGAGGAGCAUCUUACGAUUGUUCACUUUUCUCAGUUAUCUCCCUCCUCAACAGAGUGGUUCUUGAUGAGACAACUAUACAGGUGUUUAUUCUUGUGUAAUUCCAGAGAGACUACUUUUAGGUGUAACUACAUGUUGACAAGAUUAAGUGCCAUGGAUAUGGCCACAAGUUAAAUGAAUUUAUACUGGCAAUAGGAAUAAGCUAAUGCCCAUUUUCAGAAAUGAAUUAAAUGCUGAAAGUGCCUGUCAGUAAACAUUAUGACCAAUGAAAGCUUCCUAUACUUUUACACAGCAAUAACUCUUAAUUAGACGUUAGGGCUUUUUUCUGCACAUGGGAACAGACACACACACACACACACACACACACAUGGAGUAAAUGCAUGGACAUAGUAAAUCAAAUCUGUUCACAUGCCCCCAAACAAGCUUUUAUAUCUUUCAAAUAUACCUAAUCAUGUUUACAUUAACAUUUCUUAAUUUGAUCUUUCUAAUUUCCAGAUAAAGAGUUGACUGUCAUUUUCCCCAAACUUAUGAAACAGUAUGUAUGAUUUUAAAAGUUUUGCUCAGUUAAAAACACCAAUUUAUUUGGAGCAAAAGACCGAAGGGUAUUUGUUUGCUUGUUUCAUUUUAUCGACUCAUAUCAAACGCACAAAUUCAUCUUUACAUUUCUUCAUUCCCUUUUCCCCUAAUAUCACCUAUUGUCAUCUAAGAAUCAUUUGGGAAUGAAUAUUGACAGAAUCAUUUUUCCCCAAAAAGUCUAUUGAAGUACUACUGACACUUAGUAAGCCUAGCCUUUAGCCCAUUUUGCAUUUAGUCCUAAAAAUUACCAGAUUUACAUUUAGAAGCUCACAGGUUUUCUUCCUGUAAUUAUUGUACUGCUGAAAGUGGAGUCAUGAAUAGAAAUAUGCAAUGAGACUAUGUGAAUAGACAUAAACCCUGGGAAUUCUCCAACCCUGCCAUCUCAGAGCACAAAGUCACCCAAACAAGCUGAGGCUAUCAGCAAAAUUAUACUCAUGGAGAGUCACACAUUGGGUAAGGGCAAUUUUAAGAGUAGGACUGUGAUUAAACAUUCAGACUUUAGACUUCCACGAUGGACUCAGAACACAGGCCUCGAAAACAGCCACUGUUUUCUCCUCCCAAUGUUAGAAAGAAGGAAAGGGAGAAGAUCAGUGUACCAGGAUGAGGGGGUAAAAUAACCAAUUAAGUGUCAAAGGAAAGCUGCUGGGUUCCUUAAUCUCACUGAAGUCAAGUCUUCUGACUGGGCUUCUUUCCAUGUGUUAUCUGAAAGUACUAAAGUACCUUGAAAGGUGACACAUUCAGCAGACCAUGAAAAUAAUAGCUGUUCUUUAUUAAACACUAUGUGUCAAGCACUAGACUAGCCAAUUUUUAGAUACGUUACUUCCAAUCUGUACAACAUUUCUACAUUUUAUGGAUGGGAAACGGAGGCAUGGGAAGUGUGGCUGAGUGGUUCAUAAAUGUAGAAAUAGUAAAUGGCAGAGUGGGAAUGUGAAACUGCCUAUCUCUGACCUAGAGGCCUGCCCAUAAUUUUUCAACUCCACCACACUGCACGUGGGUUUCCCAAUACCACCUUCCCAGAUUCCUGACUCUCAGUAAUUUUAUUAUGGACAACAUGCAUGAGUAGUCAUCAUAUAUUUCAAGUGAAAUAUCGGGCCAUGAUAUAACACAAGACUUAAUAGUGGUACUGAAUAUUUGAAAUCAGGCCUCUCCUGGAAAAUCAUGCAUGAAGGAUUGUUAUAAACAAACAAUAGCAACCAGUUGUCUCCCAGAGCUUCUCGUUUUUCUCAUAAAUGUCUGGCGUGGAGCUCCAAAAUCAUUCAAACACUUAGUGGCAUUUUAGCCUGAGUACACUUUCUCAGUUCUUCCACUCUUUGUAUGCCUUUCCACCAAUAUAGACAUUCUAGAAUCUGCCUCAGAUGCAUUUGAAAUGUUUCCCCCCACAGAACCAGUUAUUAACGUCAGAGCCCACUCCUGCCAUUGUUAAUGGGGUGGCGAUGAAACAUUCAGGUAAAGAUCAAGGAGAGAUCAUGGAUAAUUCUUUUCCCGAUUCCUCACUUAACAGCUCUGCGUUGGAAUGUUUUAAAUAGUCUUAUAAAUAAUUUGUUUAUAGUAUUGUUGUUAGUUUAAUUGAAUUUUAUGUAAGAAGCUGUCCAACAUCAGAGAAAUGAAAUCCCUCCCGCUUUUCUGUGUAGAACAAGGUCUCUGACAGUAUUGAUUCAUGGAAGUACUAAUGGACUUAGAAAACAUUAAGAGAAUGUCAUUUCUCAUAGCGUUUCUGUUUCUGAAAAUGAAUCUCCUGAAUUAUGAUCUUUCUCCCUGUUACUUGGCUGGGGAAAGAGAUAGAAGCUGUAUAAACAAAUUCUCUUCCAUGCUCAAAGCAAGUGUUCCAUGUGCACAACCUGCUGCAGACUGGGGCUCUUCUCAGUUAGUUGGGUUUCACAAGCAAUAAUUUCUCCACAACUUGAAGUGAGUUGAAAAGAGAUGAAUAGUGGAAACAGUCACCUCAGUACUUUUUCUUUCUGGAUUUCAUCUCUAAAAAUUUGAAGUGUUUGAGACAAGUGUCCACCCUUUGUGCAAGGCAAGACCCAAUGAAUGACUCCUUGUGUGAAUUAUUGCAUCUUCUUCCAAAGCAGGUUCACCAAGACUUUCACAGAGAUUCAUUUUUGUUAAGAAAUAAUGGUCAAUAGGAGGAUAGAAUUUGGAUCCAAAUCUAGUAAUAAAAGUGUCCAAGCAAUCAAAAAGUAAGGUAAUUCAGGGACAUACCAACAUCUUCCCUUUCUGCUAAUUUUAUGCUCCAAAGAUACGGCAAAAAGAAAAUCAUAGAAAAUGCUUUUGCCCUACUUGUGUUCUAGUUUUCCCAUGGCAGAAUUUUGUAGUUACAUCCAGACUGUAGUGUGUAUUUUGUUCCUCAAACUUUACCACAUUGGAUGGAUAUUGUUGAACUGGGGCACUGGUGCCUAUAUUCAAGGCUCUUUCCUAUCAACGUGUCUGUCCACAAUUUGUUGUGUUUAAAACUUCAUUUUGAAAACUCACCGUCCCCCCAUGGGAUAGUGACUGUAUUGUUUUGUUCAUGUCUGUGUGGGACACAUUGCAUCACAUGGCAAACCAACUCUCUGUGGAUGUGAGAUAAGUACCUAUAAAACCAGCUUGAAAACAUUGUCUUAUGUAUUAUGUCAUCCUGCAUCAUAAUGCAAUUAUGUGUAUCAUAACAUGCUCAUUUAAAAAAAAGAGAAACCAGCAAAUUCAUGUUUGUCCAUAGAAGAAUGUACUCAGAACUUUGUGUUGUGAAACGAUGAGAACAGACCACCUUGAAGAUACCCACCUGCCACUUAAAAUGAGUUAGUUAUAAUUAGUAGUAGUCUAGACGUUCUUGGUGUGUGGGGGUCAAUUCUAACGUCAUGUUCUUUUGAAUAAAUCUCUCAGUCAUAUUUGAAAAAAUACAUAAAAAUAUCAUCUUUGGCCAAAUCAAGCAGGCAUCUUUUUUCUUUUCCUUGACGUUUAAUUCAUGAUACAUGGUGAUUAGAUCACAAGAUCUUUCCGUGUAAAAAAUAUGAAAACAUCUUUAGUUUACAAAACAGUUAUUCUAGGCUUGAAGCCUCUGAACAGCAAAUUGAAUAGAUGGGCUGUGUCUGAUUUGCUUUAUGGAUGUAAUUUUACAAAAGACUCUUGGGUCUCUGACCCCAGAGAGUUAAGAGUGCCCAGAGGAGGUCCUACACAUUAAAGAUAAAGCCCCCUGUAAUACUGGCAAGCAAAUGUGUUGAGUUCUUAAAUCUUCAUUUGGUUUUCUGUUCAGGAUUUUAAUUGCAAAUGAAUUUAUUUCUCCAGUUUAUCUAAAGAUCUAAUUUCCCAAUAGUUUCCUCUGCAUUUAUAUACUCCGUAGUGUUUAGGCAACCCCUGUUAUAAGUUUAUUAAUAUUAUGUAAGUGUUGUUCUUGUAUUUAUGUAUAGUGUAUGUAUUGUAAAUAUACUCAGAGCUUUUUUUCCUUUUACUGUAAAAUGGUGAUUUUUUUUGCCCUAUGAUAAUGUAAAGGGAGACCCUCCUAAUGAGAUUCUCUCAGAGGAUGAUUAUUCCAGUCUAUUCUCAGAGAUUUAAAUGAACAAGUGUUAUUGUUUUUAAUGGUGUCUCAGACAUAUUCUGUUGGUGCAUUGCUUUUCUGUAUUCAACUUUCCUAUGAAUUGAGCUGUGAACUGAAAUAGAGUUUAAACCUUUAACUGUAUGCAUUUGUAUAAUUAUCUGAAUGAAGGCAUGAAGGUUAAAUAAAGCAUUUUGUAUGGAACAAAA